AUGAUUAGAUUUUUCUUUUUCUUUUUAAUUUGUUUAAUUGUUUUUUUUAAAAAUUAUUAUUCUUUUUUAAAUUCUUUACUUAUUUUGGAAUCAAUUUCUUUAAUUAUUUUUUUUUUUUUAUUUAUUUUUAUAAUUUCUGGAUUUUCUUUAAAAGUUUUAUUAUUUUACUUCAUUUUUAUUGUUUGUGAGAGUGCUUUGGGUCUUUCUAUUUUAGUUAAGUCUAUUAAGUUUUUUGGUUCUUUAAAUUUUCGUUCAAUAAAUUUAUCUAUAUUUUAG